AUGUGCUACCAGAACCAGCGCGCUAAUCUAUACGGAUACGAACUGAUCCCGCCAUCCUGCAUUCACCAGACCGUUCCAAGUGUCAAGGCCAGGGGCCUGGGCCGCCAAGCCUUCCUGGCUGCCAUCACCGAAGGCGGCGUGCAGAACCACGCAAAUAACGGCGUGUCUGCCUCAUUCAACUACCGGUACGACAACGUCGGAUCAGACCACGACUGCGUUGGACUCUUCCAGCAACGUGUCGCGGGUUACAUCAAUAUCGCCGAGCAGUUCUCCGACCGCAUGGUCAAGUUCGGCGGCUGUAAGAACAUGGACGUUGGCAUCCUGUGCCAGAAGGUCCAGGUCCCGGCUUACCCAGUACCCUACAACGACAAUGUACCGCAAGCCAAGAGCAUGUGCUCUGCGCUGGGCUCCUAA